AUGCCGAUUUUCGCUCGCCCGUCCCUGAAGAGGAUCGCCAGCUCAGCCGCGAAGGCCGCCGGUGCCCGGAUCGGGAUGCCCUGUCGACUCUCCGCCCUCCGGCUCUCGCCCCGCUCCGACGACUGUGCACCCCUCCAUGCUCGCCGGGACAGGCCGCCGCCCGGCACAAGGAGUCUGUCGUCCUCGGCGCCCAGUGGGUAUGCCAAUCCGACCAAGACCCCGGCUAGCUCGGUCGAGCCGGUCGGCCACCAGAGUCGGAACCUGAUCGAGGACGGCUCCCGUUUGUUGGAGAAGGGAGAUCUCGAGGGCGCGCUGGAAAAAUACGAAGAGAGUAUUGCGAUGGCGCCGAGCUCGACGGGAUACUACAACCUGGGCAUAGCGCUCUACCAGCUGAAGCGGAUCCCGGAGGCGAUCGAGGCGUGGCAGGAGUCCCUGGCAGACGGGCCCUCGGCGGACGUGCACACCAACCUGGCCUCGGCAUACAUCCUCUCGAAGCCGCCGGAGCCGUUCAAGGCGCUCGAGCACCUCAAGAAGGCCGUCGAGCUCGACCCGACCGACGGCGAGAUCUGCUUCAACCUCGGCGCGGUCAACGAAGCCAACGACCAUCUCGCGGAUGCCCUGGCUGAAUACACCCGCGCCCGCCAGCUGGGUGUCGAGCGGGCCGAGCAAAACAUCCGCAACGUCGGCGCAAAGCUGCUGCGGAAACGGCUCGAAGAAGAGGAGCGCGAACAGGCGGCCAAGAAGAAGUAG